UAUACAUACAUCCCCUCAUUCCCUAGCCUCCCUCCCUUCCACAGGGAAACAACUGAAAUAGCACAACAGUAAAUGCAUAUGUUAGCAUUAUUGAGUCUAAGAUUAAAAUAGCAAUGAUCAAAGACAACAAAAAUAAAGGAUACUGUUCAUACAUAAUAACCUGCCUUGGGGAACACUGUCCCUAUGCCUAAAUGUUAAACCAAAAUACCUUUGUUUGGGACCCUGUCCACCUGUGGAUGGCUACAGGAAGGAAGAAAUUAACACAUCCGCUAUGCUCACUCCACAGAGACAGGCCAUUCCAGGAAAUAUUUGUAAGAUUGAUGGCCUUUUUUAUUUUACCUCCUCAUUCCCAUCCCAUCUAUUCUAUAAAAGAAUCUGGUAUUAAGUCCCCAUAAGAUGGUUAUUUUGAGACAUUUGUCUGCCAUCUUCUCCUAUUCAUUGCCUCAAUACUUCAUCUCUCAUUUAAUUGGGCUGUUGUGUGGUGAGCAGAGUGAGCUUGGACUAGGUAACAAAAUGUUAUGUAAAUGAGAAAUAAACUUUGUGUUAAUACUUAUUUUGAGGUUUACUUGUCACAACAACUGCAUCACCUCAACUAAUAUAUAAUGUGUACAUUUAUUUUAGAGAUUAAAUCCCUUUCCAGCUUCCUUGUUUAAUGAUGUACAGUAAUGUACAACUCUUUCCAUACUGGUUUGCCCAACGUGAGUUAUCCUCGUUCUUUGCUAUCAAGGUCAUCCUCAUCUUCAUAUUCUAUCCCAAAUAUAAGCUCGUUCUCUGUCCUUUUCAUCUUGACAGUAAUCCAGUACUAUCACCUUCAACAUCUGCUACAUUGUAGAAACCAGAGCAAUAAUCUAUUCUGUAACUGGCCAUAUUGGUUCAGUUUCUUUCUCAUUUCCUUCUUUACCAAGUUAUGCUUUGGCUAAAACUUCAUAAACUUCUACUUUCUGGAUGAAGAUGCAUCUAUUCUAUUCCUUAAACUCUACAUGUUUUCCCAGGGGUGUGAAAAGGUAGCUAAUUUCAGUUCUUGCAUUAAUCUGUUCCUGACUACAAAAGGAGAAUUUGUCUCAGCCUCUCAUGUGGACUGCCUUAUCCAUCAAAGCACCCCAGACAUGCAAGAGGAUGAAACAUACACCUCUCUUCAGUGGGAUACUCCAACAUCAAACCCUUAUCAGAGACAUCUGUCUUCCACCAAAAAUUCAGGAGUAUGGUGUCUUGUGACGGUGAUCUUAUGUAUUUUCUGCAUUGGCUCAUUAGCAACCUCCAUUUUCUUGGGCAUCAAAUUGUUUCAGAUGUCCACUGCUAUAAUGCAGCAGCAAGAAAAACUCAUCCAACAGGAGAGAGCACUGCUCAACUUCUCACAGUGGAAGAGAAACCCCAACCUACAGAUGACAUAUUGCCAAACCUUAAUGCAGAAGUCUUUCAGUUCAGCCUAUAACUGCAGCCCUUGUCCAAACAACUGGAUUCAGAAUGGAGAAAGUUGUUACUAUGUCUUUGAAAGCUGGAAAUUUUGGCACACUAGUAGAGAGGAUUGUUGGAAGAAGGAAUCUGAUCUUCUGCAAAUAGAGAGCAAAGAAGAAAUGGACUUUAUCACGGGCAGCCUGACGAAGAUCAAAAGAAACUAUGAUUACUGGGUAGGACUGUCACAGAACGGGUCCAACCAACCUUGGCUUUGGCAGGAUGGCUCCUCUCCUUCCGCUGACCUGUUGCCAAGACAGGCACCCCAGUCAACCGAUCAAGUCUGUGGAUACCUCAGAGACAAUGGCCUUUCUUCUGCUAACUGCAGCGUUUGGAAAUAUUUCAUCUGUGAGAAGUACGCACUAAGAUCUUCUACCUGAAAGAAAUUUUGCUUAAAGUGAUCACUCCAUUAUGAUCAUAUUUGCAACAGAUCCUUCAAAAACCUGUAAUAAUGAGCCUAAGGGCCAGCACAGAACUAAACCAGUGCAAGGGCUGUAAAACCAGCUACCUGGGACACAAAACCUAUCUUGCCUUUACGCUUGGUAAUAUUCCUCAAUGCUUUCCAUAUGUUUCUUUGACACUGCUCAAAUUACUUACCAAUAAUAAAAUUGGUUUAGAGCAACAGAAGACAAAACUGUAAAGAAUGGAGAACAUAGGCUGAAGAAAAAUCAUUUCCAUUUGUCAUUUUUUUUCCUCUGUCUCUUUCUAUUUUUUUUUUAAUUUAGAGUGACUAUAAACUCUACAGAAAAAUCAGUAAAUCACUGGUGAGAUGAUGCAAUUUUAGCUAACCAAUACCCUUUUCAAUAAAUGAAUAAAUGUGACCUUUCAAACUCACUGUUUGCAAAAUCUUUCUAUGCAUUUACUGGGCUUGCCAGGCAUUAUGUUAUCAGACUGGUAGGAUGGGAAGACAGUGACAUGGAUUUUCAAAUUGGAAGGAAGAUAUGCUGCUAUCUUCUGCCUAUAAGACAAAAUCAUUUUUAGGACUGCAGAAUUUUACUGGAGAGAAGAACAACCAGAGCUACAUGUCUGUGGAAGGAAUAGUCAGGCUGGCACAGCAGUAUCCAGUAAGGAAGAGCUGGCUGAUUCAUGUUGUUGUAUGGC